UCUUGAUGUGCAUUUUUAAAGGGGUGUUUGGAUGUAGUUAUAACUGUUUCUGAUCCUUCGGGAGGAACAGAAAUGUUGAGUUUUUGAGUUUAAACCAGUGCUAAAUUCGUCAUUGAAAAGUCAUAACAAUGGUUAAUCGAUUUUUCCAGCCUUAUAGGCUGGAGAGUGUGUGACGAGCUGCAAGUUUUUAUGCGGAGCAAAAUUUUCUAAUUGUUCCGCAAAAUAGUUUUCUUCAGUGACUAUGUUCUCCCAUGCUCUACGUUUCUCUUCUUUCCCGAACUUCAGCAUCCUUGAUUUCUCCCGGAGAUCAACUUCAGUUUCGGAAAGAAAUGGCAGCUUCAGAAUCCUCUGCAUUCCGGAGCAUUCAGAUUCUGCUUUGCACUCGAAAAAAGCUAAGCUAGAUUCAUCUACCAACCAAAGGGAGAAAGAGGAAGCCAAUGUGGUUUUGGUGGAAAAGUAUGGGAAUGGAACCUUAAGGAGGUAUGUAUUGGAUGAAGGCUUGCACUUAAAAUUCAUUCUUGAGGAACAUGCUCUUGAAGAUUUGGAUAUCGCUGACUUGAAGUUACCUUGGCUUCCAAAGGUCAUCAAAGAUUUUGUUUUACCUGCAGGCUAUCCAGAUACAGUUUCAAACGAUUACUUGGAAUACAUGUUGCUAAUGUUCCCCACAAAUGUUACGGGGUGGAUCUGUCACACAUUGGUCACCUCAAGUCUCUUAAAGGCUAUUGGGGUGGGAUCAUUCUCAGGAACUGCUGCCGCUGCUUCUGCUGCUGCCUCUGCUGCUGCCAUCAGAUGGGUGUCAAAGGAUGGCAUUGGUGCCCUUGGACGUUUAUUCAUUGGUGGGAAGUUCGGAAGUCUUUUUGAUGAUGAUCCUAAGCAGUGGCGAAUGUAUGCAGAUUUUAUAGGCAGUGCAGGAAGCAUCUUUGAUCUCAGUACUGCACUAUACCCCGCUUAUUUCCUACCAUUGGCUUCAUUUGGAAAUCUUGCUAAGGCCGUUGCACGAGGGUUGAGAGACCCCUCCUUCCGAGUGAUACAAAACCAUUUUGCUGUGUGUGAAAAUUUGGGAGAUGUAGCAGCAAAGGACGAAGUGUGGGAAGUAGCUGCUGAGCUUGUUGGCCUUGGUAUUGGCAUAUAUGCCCUGGAUACACCAGGCAUCUCAACAUCAUAUCUCAUGUUGUCAUUACUAUGGUUGAGUACACGGUCUUUGCAUCUUUGGUUUCGUUACUUAACUCUUUCAGUUCUGCAAUUUGACACCAUAAAUCUCAAACGUGCCCGUAUACUAGUUAAUUCCCAUCUUUUGCAAUGUACAGUUCCAGGAAUCACGGACUGUAACAGGAAAGAGAAUAUUCUGUUGUGGGAAAGGUUCUCAAAUCCCCAUAUUAUUUUUGGUGUUCAUAUGGAAGAUAUGGUUGGUGGGGAGAGAAAUGGCUCUAUGAUUAAAAGGCUGAUUAAGCUGUAUCAGAAAGAAAAAUAUUUCCUGGUAGUGAACCAACAGCAAUCAGAUGACUUUGAGGUCUUCAUCUCUUUCAAGGAUGGCGCUACAAGUUUGUCUGUAUUACGCAGUGUGUGGCAGACUUACUGGCUCUACCAUAACAGGGACUGGUCAGGUGUUGUCGAAGAUCAACUACAGAAAAGCUUAACAGAAUUAAAUAAUAGGUUUCCAGAUUUCGUGCAACAGUUGGAAAAUGUUGGAUGGGAUUUGAAUAAUUUGUGUCUAAAGAUCCCCAGGGAAAUUUCAAUUCAGGAAGUUGUGGCGAAGUGACAAUGCUAUGGUCAGAAUACUUGGUCCUUCCGGCCUCCUUUUCUCUUGAUACGGAGUAUUUUGUUACGCCAGUAUGAAUGCAGUAGAAAGCAAAUUUUGUGUAAUGGUUAUGCAUCAAACAAAGCUGCUUCUGCUUCUAUUAUCAUUUGAUGGGUAUGCUUUUUUUUAAUCAAAGACAUACUAAAACAGUGGCAUACCCCAAAAAUAAGCCAAUCCUAAAAAACCAAGUCUCAAAGCAAAA